UGCGAUCUAUGCCAGGCGCCCUCAGAGCCUUAUGAUAAUCUGUUCAACUCCGAACUUCUUGGACCUAUGGAAAAUGCAGUGGACCUAUCCGACAACCUCGUCCAUGACAAACGAACCUGUCCUGGCGUCGAUUUUGACUCUUCAGAUUCCAAACCAGGACUCAUUGACGAGCUGUCCAUUGAGAUUACGGAUGAGACCGAUGAGGCAAUGCUUGGUGCCGGCUUAGACGAGUCAAAUAGUACUGAAGGCACUCUGCCGUCGACGCGAUCGCCGUCACCUCCUAUGAUAGUUGAAACCCAUGAUUUCCCUAAGCCAUUUGUACCGUCCAAUGAGGACGAAGGUAACCACAGUAGAAUCUUUCCUUGUCGCUUCACGGUCGAUGAGACGAGUUCUGCAGCCGAUGAACAAUCGGAUGAGGCAUGGAUUUCCAGCGAACAAAUAGAUUGUAUGCUGUAUUUGUCAUCUUGA